AUGGCAUCGGGAGAGAACUUGGCGCCACGAGAUGCAAAGGUCAUCUCGGUUAUCCUUAGAUCCUUGGGAAUAGAAGAAUGCGAGCCAAAGGUUAUCAUACAGCUGCUGGAAUUUGCCUACAAAUACACCACAGACGUUCUGGAGGAUGCACUAUUGUUUGCAAAGCAUGCAGGAAGGACACAUAUCAGUACAAGUGAUGUCAAGCUUGCAUUGCAAACAAAGGUUGGAAGGCACUUCGUCCCUCCGCCUCCAAGACAGUAUCUGUCAGACAUAGCUUCAAUGGUUAACUCAAAACCGCUUUCGGUUCCAGAUGGGGAAAAUCUCAUUAGGGUUCCCCCCUCGUCCUCAGCACUACUAAACCUCGACUAUGAAGUCCUUAGAAAAGACGGCGAUAAGAAAAGAAGGAUUUACUAA